AUGCGAUUAUUGACUACAAUUGCAGCGAUUGCGGCGCUCACAUCUCUCAGCGAUGCAUUCGAUUUCCAACACCCUCUCCAGUCAAUAUUUACUACCCAUUCCGAUACAAACAACCAUCACCAACAGCCAAAUAUAGUCUUUAUUUUAACCGACGACCAAGAUCUCCAAUUAAAUUCGCUGUCGUAUAUGCCAUCUGUGCAGAAGCAUCUGCAGGAUCAGGGCACAUUUUAUGAGAAUCAUUUUGUUCCGACUGCGCUGUGCUGUCCGGCCCGCGUGACCUUGUGGACAGGGCGAUAUGCGCAUAACACCAAUGUGACGAAUGUGCAACCUCCAUAUGGCGGAUACCCCAAGUUCGUCGAGCAGGGCUUCAAUUCCGAUUUCCUCCCCAUCUGGCUGCAGUCCGCGGGGUACAAUACCUACUACACGGGAAAACUAUUCAAUGCGCACACCGUCGACAAUUACCACUCGCCAUAUGUUGCAGGGUUCAACACAAGCGACUUCCUGCUCGAUCCAUAUACUUAUUCAUAUCUAAACUCGACAUAUCAGCGGGAUAAGCAGGGCCCGGUCAGUUAUGAAGGAUGGCACACAAGCGAUGUCAUCACCAACAAGGCAUUGGGCCUUAUCGAUGAUGGCAUCGCGGGUGCAAACUCAGGCGCAAAGAGGCCUUUUUUCGUGGGCAUUGCACCGGUGGCUCCCCACUCCAAUUUAGAGCCAGGAAAUGGUCCGUCUCGGAUGACGGCACCGAUACCAGCCAAGAGACAUGAACAUUUAUUCAAGGAUGUAAAAGUGCCCAGGACACCUCACUUUAAUCCAGACACUCCUAAUGGAGUCAACUGGAUAUCCAAUCUUCCACAGCAAAGCGACGCCACUGUCGACCAAAACGAUCAUUUUUAUCGCCAGCGCCUACGUGCUCUUCAAAGCGUGGACGAAUUGGUUGACUUGAUCGUAUCGCGUCUCGAGUAUACCGGCAAUCUUGACAACACUUAUAUCAUUUAUACUUCUGAUAACGGCUACCAUAUCGGUCAGCACCGUCUUCCUCCUGGUAAGGAAUGCGGAUUUGAAGAGGACAUUCGCGUGCCAUUGUUUAUUCGGGGACCGGGAAUUCCUAAAGGGCACGUUGAAAAGGCCGUUACCGCGCACGUCGACCUCGCGCCGACGCUUCUUCAUCUCGCAGGUGCUAAGCAGCGAGAUGAUUUUGAUGGAAUUCCGGUGCCAUUACACGGUCAUCAAAGUGUACAAACUCACCGACGACCUGAACAUGCCAAUGUUGAGUUCUGGGGUCUAGCCAUCGCCGAGGGAGAAGGAAACUCUUUUGGACCGGAGAACCCCAUUACUGUUCCAAACAACACGUACAAAGGGCUGAGACUGCACUCUCCAGAUUCGGGAUAUGAUUUGUACUAUUCCGUUUGGUGCAAUAACGCGCAUGAAUUAUACGACCUCACUACGGAUCCAUACCAAUUACAUAAUAUUUAUCCGUCCGCGUCUUCCCAGACAAGACCAUCUAAUUUAUUACUUGGUGUUACGAUAGAGCAAGUAAUAAACCGGCUCGAUGCGUUGUUGCUUGUUCUCAAAUCGUGCCGUGGACAGACGUGUCAUGCACCCUGGAAAGUCCUUCACCCGGAAGGUAACGUUGAGACCUUAAAAGAUGCUUUGCAUUGGGGCUUUGACUCUUUCUACGAGGAGCAAGUCAAGGUAGAAUAUGAACGAUGCGAGGGAGGAUAUAUCGUUGAUGCCGAGGGGCCGCAGGUGGGAUAUAAAUAUUUGACAGAUAGAGAGGGCUUAGGCUGGAGUCACUGGGAAUAG